AUAUAUAUAUAUUUAAUAGUUAUAAAUGAAAGGAUUUUGUCUGUAAUGAUUCCCACGAAAACUUUCAUUAGAUAACGUUCAAAAUCAAUGUAAGCAUUUCUAAUCUUGAAAGAAAUUUCCCACCUGGACUAUGAUGUCUGCAAGAACUGAAUUUAUUAAUUUUUAUGUUAUUUUGAGCUCCAUCUGUCGAUACGUUAAUUAGUUGCUCAAGGAUGCUAUUAGGGAUAAAUUCUUGCCUGUUGAUACUAGCAGCCGUGGCAUGGCAAGCUACAGCUAUACAAGAAGAUUGUCCUCACCCAGAAGACAGCUACCCCUGCUAUUGUGAGGACGAUGAAGAAAGGAGCGUAAUGCAUUGCAACAAUCUUGAAAAGAAUGAGCAACUAGUGCAGGCCUUACAGAAACUAACAGAUUUCCAUUUGUACACUUUGUCCGUAUGGAUGUUUGACACGGCAACCAUAAAAUCAGACGCAUUCAAGGGACCGACAUUCAAAGAAAUUACAUUCACCCAUUCGCAGCUGAUUUUGGAAUCACCUCCAUUUUUGGGCCAAGAGAAAUCUUUGGGAAGACUCACUUUCAUUUCUAGUUUCGACGAAGAAGAUCCUCUAAAACCACUGUCCAUGGGACACCUCACAAAACUGAAAGAAAUAACUUUCGAAAAAAAUGAGAUCAAAGUCUUGAAGAACGAUUGGCUGACUUCUGUUGGUCCCAGUUUUAGAUCGAUAACAUUUGAUGAAUGCAAAAUUGAGGAACUUGAAGACGGCGUGUUUUCCAAACUGUCAAGUCUUACAACCAUCUUCGUGAUGAAUAAUAAAAUAUCUACGGUCUCUCGAUCUAUGUUCCCAAAAGAUGCUUCAAGCUUACGAUCCAUUACACUAAGUGGCAAUAAGAUUACAUCAUUACCAACUGAUUUUUUCAAGAAUAUGCCAUCCCUUAUGUCAGUAGACUUGGAAAGAAACCAACUGACAGCUAUACCAGAAUCUACAUGGUUGCCUGUGUUUGAACAAAUUUCAAGGUUAUACUUGGCAGAUAAUCCCAUAGCAUGUGACAAAUCUUUGAAAUGGAUCACUAAGAAAGCUCCACCGAAGCAGUUUACUGGCCGAUGCAGCAAACCACAAAGUUUGAAAGGCCGAGAAAUCCGUCUCUUGACCCCGGCAGAAUUACGGUUUUAAGAAACAUUUAUCAAAUUUUACAAGAAGAUUAACAUUAAACUUUGUAAAUUAA